AUGCUUCGUCAAUUGACAACAGCCCUCCUCCUCGCUGCUGGAGUGGCUGCCCAGAACGCCACCAGCUAUGACUAUGUCGUCGUGGGCUCGGGGCCAGGAGGUGCACCUCUGGCAGCAAAUCUCGCCCGAGCCGGACACUCGGUCAUCCUGCUCGAGGCAGGAGACGAUCAGGGAAACAACCCCAACAUAUCUCUGAUUGGUAAUUUUCUCCCUGCCGCAAGCGAUGAGAAGACUCGAUGGGACUUUUUUUCCAAGCAUUCAGAAGAUCCAGAGAGGGAGCUCAAAUACGAACACAUGGUAUGGCGUCGGCCAGAUGGCGACUUUUAUACCGGACUAGAUCCUCCGGCUGGCUCGACGCAGCUGGGUAUAUGGUAUCCACGAGCAGGAACUCUCGGUGGAUGUGCCAUGCAUAAUGGUGGCAUUUGUGCGCUCCCCGCUGAUGAUGAUUGGAAUUACAUUGUCAAUAUUACUGGUGACCAGAGUUGGAAGGCAGAAAAUAUGCGCAAAUAUUUUGUGAAAAUGGAAAAUAAUACAUAUCUUCCAAAGGACACGCCUGGCCAUGGUUUCGAAGGCUGGCUUCAGACCUCGAUCGGUGAUUAUGGGUUUGUCAAUGGCACCAACGGUUUCAGAACCAUGGCAGAGCAAAUCGCAAAGGCCACUGGUGGUGAUUCAGCAAAACUCCCGGAAUUGGCAGUUCGAGAUGUCAAUGCGUUGGAUCCUGACAGAGACCAGGACGUUGGCAUCUUUAGUCUGGCCUUACAUAUGGACACCCAGGGAAAUCGUAUUGGAACGAAUACUUACAUCAAGGCAACUCUUGCUGAUGCAGCCAAGUAUCCACUGACGGUUCAGGUAGACAGCCUUGUGACCAAAAUCAUCUUCAACAAUGACACUGCCAACCCUGCUGCGAUUGGCGUUGAGCUUCUGAGGGGCAAGUCGCAAUAUAGUGCGGAUCCGCGGCACAAUGCAACAGCCAAGGGCAUCACUCAGCAAGUAUACGCCAGGAAAGAGGUCAUUAUCGCGGGCGGUGCCUUCAACUCGCCACAGCUGCUCAAGCUAUCCGGUAUUGGCCCCGCGGACGAGCUGAAGAAGUUCAACAUCCCCAUUGUCAAGGACCUACCUGGCGUGGGCGAGAACCUGGACGACAACUACGAAGGUUAUGUCCUUGGCCUCGCCAACAAGCCGUUCGAGGGCGCCGCGCCGCCGCCAAUGGCCGUUCUGCUCAAGACGCCAACGUCGUCCACGGGCCACCGCAACAUCCACGGCUGGUGCGGCGAGCUGUCCUUUGAGGGCUUUUGGCCAUACUUUCCCCGGGAUUACGGACCGGCCGAGUACGAGUGCGCCCUUGUGCACAUGAACCCCAGGUCCCAGGCGGGCUACGUGCGGCUCCGCUCUGCCGACCCGACCGACAUGCCCGAGAUCAACCUGCGCUUCUUUGAGCACGGCGAGGACGCCGACCUGCAGGAGAUGCUGGACGCGGUCAAGGUGUUCCGCCGAGCCUUUGGCGCGGCCCCGGGGCCCGAUAUUGCCCCCUUUGACGAGCUGCACCCGUGUCCCGGCGUGAAUCAAAACUGCAGCGACGCACAGAUCAAGGAGACGCUGAAACUGCAGGCCCACAGUCAUCACCCCACGAGUACGUGCGCCAUUGGGCCCGCGUCGGAUAGGAUGGCGGUCCUGGACAGCAAGUUUAGAGUCCACGGCAUCAAGAAUCUCAGGGUCGUGGAUGCAAGUGCUUUUCCCAAGGUGCCUGGCGCGUUUCCCGUUUGUCCUACAAUGAUGCUUGCCGAGAAGGCCAGCGAUGAUAUCUUGACUGGUGCAUGA